UAUUGAGUUAUAUAGAUAUUCGGAAUCAGCGUUUUUUUCUGCGUCGAUCAGUCUGGGUUCCACUGAGAUACGAGCACUAUUUUGGCGUUUCAGUAAAUGGAAAAAAGGGGAGUUUUCAUCAGACAGAGUCCUUAAGCGACACUUUUUUGGCAUUUUAUUCGUGCCUGUCACUUAUGUAAUUUUGUUUUCCAGCAAUAAAUUACAAGUAAAUUUUAAGUAAAUUUGGCAUCCGGCAAUUUAAAAGCUAAUAGUUUAUAAGCAUUUUUGGACUACUCGAAACAAACAUAAAAGUUGGUAUAAGUAAUUUUGAAUUGAAGUAUUUAUAAUAAGUAAGGCUUGUAAGAAAAUUAGUCUUUCGAUUUUUAUGCCGGAAAUGGCGUAUAAGUAAUUUUGCCUUACUGUUAUUGAGCAAGUUUUUGACUUUCAGUAUCUUUACUAUGAAGUAAUAUUUUAGCAAAAGUAAUAGAAGUAAAAUUGAAAGCUGGUCAAUACGUCAUUUACGUCGCUAAAGUAAAAAAUAUGGAGCUGCAAUACUGCAAAACCUGAUUAUAACCCGCGCGUACGCCGCGUAUCAGUCAGUCUGCUCGACAGAGCCACUGAGAGUACACGUGUGUCGGUAUUUGUUGCCGCUCAAAUAGAUCGAGAAAAUAAGGGAAUAUUGGUGAUAAAUGAUAAUAAUGCAAUAACGGACUCCUCAAUCGCUCAUAAUGGAAAGUAAGAAACAAAGUUUUUACAAAAGGUACGCAGCAAGACUGAAGGAUGAACAGGAACCUGUAGCUGGAACAUCAAAGACACCACUGAUGGAAACAGUCUCAAAGCCAGCAGUAGUUAAAAGACUGAUAUUUAAAACACCUAAAAAAGAAACACAGAAGUACAAAUCAAAAAACUUGAACAAGAAGCUAUUGAUAUCAAAACCAGUUGUUAUGCGCAGUGAAAAUACAGAAGCUGAAUCACCAUCCAUGGAUUUAACAGUUUGCGAUUUGACAGAUGACAUAAGAGAACCAUACCAGGAACAAAAUCUUACAGAAAAAGUAAUACAAAAAGAAUUAGACAUUUUCAGAGAAAUUGAACGACAACACGAAAUUGAGGAGGCUUGUGAACAAAUCCGACGAGAACACUUUGAAGAGAUGAACACAGGAUCAAAAUUUGUACAAAUUGAAUCUAAACAACUUGAACUGACAGACAGUAAAAUUAUAAUGGAAGAUUACAACACUGAAACACCUGAGAUAGUACCAGACAGCAUACUGAAGCGAUGUGAUAGCAAGCAGUUUUUUGAGACAGAAGAAAGCAAAGGAGAAAUUGUAAAAUUUACUAAUGAAAAUAUAGAAUCUGAAAAUGAUGCUACCGAUGGCAUAUUGUUAUGUCUUCGAAACAACAUGGAGCACAACAAUGACAUAGAUUUUAAAUACAUGAGAGAUUUCAAAGAAAUAGAUAUUAAUUUACAGGAAAAUGAAAAAGUAUCCGCUGAAAUUAAUUUUACUAACAUAGGAAUGAAUAUACAGGAAGACCAAAAAAGCUAUGAAGGAGAGAUUUGUAAUGAUAAGAAAAUACCUGAAAUAAAUGAAUCGGUGCAAAAUGAAUCGCAUAUAAGCAAAAACGUCAAUUUGGGUAGUAAGAUAAGUGGAGAUCAAAAAGAAGAGAUAAGAACUGACAAUGAUAAAGGUAACCAAGAGAAGCAUGAAAAUGUUACAAAAAAUGAUCGUGAUGAUUACAUAAAAAUUAAGCGGUUGAGACAACAAACAAGAGAGAAGUACGUAGACUUUUUGUCAGAUAAUGAAGAUUUUGUUUGGAGUUCUUCAUCAUGGGAACAUUCAUCAUCUGGAUCGGUAUCCGAUGGUACGAAGAAAACUAAGAAAAGUAAGAAAUCAAAGAAGAAAAAUGAGAGAUCUGAGAAGACUAUGAAAUCGAAGGUUCAAGAAGAAGAGAAUGAAGUUUUUGAAGUUGAGGGUAGAGAAAAGAAGAAACAGAAGAACAAAAGAAAAGAAAACAAAGCAAAAAAAGAUUCCGGGCAUGAGUAUGUAAAUUCUAAAGGAAAAGUUAUUCCAGCCAAAGAAAUGAAACAAAAUCCCUGUAAGCCACAAAAUUGCUCUAACGCAUGUUACGAAAUAACCGAUGAAAAGAGAAAAGCUAUAUUUUUACAUUUUUGGGGUUUAUCGUCUGAAAGACGAAAAGACUGGUUGGUGAGCCAUUCUAAAAAGAUGGGUAUAAAAAGAAAGCGAGCAGAUACGGCUAAGCGUACCAACACUUUUAAUUACUUUAUUAACGAUGGUGAAGGGCAAGCCCAAGUGUGUCAACAAUUUUUGACUUGUACACUAGAUCUCAAGCAAAAAACAUUGUACAAUACAGUAAACAACGCAUCAUUUGGCAGUGCAAAAGAAGAUAUGCGUGGAAAACACGAACCCCGAAAUAAAACCCCAAAUUUAAUAACCGAAAAGGUACGAACAUACAUAAAGGAAUUACCAGCUUUGCCUUCACACUACUGCAGAAAAAAUAGCACAAGAACAUAUUUACCGACAGAAUUUCGUAAUAUUUCAAAUUUGUAUAGAAUUUAUAAAGAGACUCAGCUUGCAAAUGGCAACGUCUACGCUGGAGAAAAACUUUUCAAAAAAAUAUUCAACACUGAAUUUAAUAUUGGGUUCCAUUUCCCCCGCAAGGAUAAGUGUCUGAAAUGUACACAAUAUGAGAAUAAUAAGAGUUUUGAUGAAGAAGAAAAACGGAAGCACUUAAUUGACAAAGAAGAAUCUGCUGAAAGGUUUAAAGCACAUCAAAGUAUUUACAAUAAAGACAAUAGUGUUUUAUGCACAUCAUUUGACCUUCAAAAGGUGUUGAAUACGCCCCACGGUGAAAACAUGAUGCUGUAUUAUUCGCGCAAAGUGGCUGUAUAUAAUUUAACAUUCUAUGAAUCAGGCACUAGAAACGGGUUCUGCUACACAUGGUCAGAAAAUAAUGGAAAACGGGGUGCCAAUGAGAUAUCAUCAAUUUUGGAGAAGUACAUAAAAAAUGUGGAUCUAAGGGGUACAGUGAAACAUUUAUUACUAUAUUGUGACUCAUGUCCGGGGCAAAAUAAAAAUAAGAUAGUAUUAACAUGUUUAAAUGAAAUACUUAAGAAGUGUAACACUCUCCUAUCAAUUCAAAUAAAUUAUUUGCUCCCAGGGCAUACCUAUAUGCCGGUUGACUCUAUGCACUCCGUUAUAGAUAAAAGCUUAAAAGGCAUUAUAGUGUGGGCACCGUCGCAGUGGAGCACAAUUUUUACUAUGUCUAGGAAGUCACCAAGACCAUAUGAAGUAGAGGUCCUUAAUUAUGCAGAUUUUAACAAAUGGGACACAGUUGCUGAAAAAUAUUUCAAAGCUAAUUUAGCCGGAAAAAUAAGCAAUUUAAGAACAGUUACAUUUAAAAAAUCGGUGGCAAAUAUGGCUUUGGUGAAAUGCUCCAUGAAUCCGGAUGCGCAAACGGAACUGAUCGAGGUCGUGAAGAAAAUUAAUAACCCACAGCUUAAACGAUGCUACAAAGCGAUGCUGCCUAUUUGCAGGAAGAAAUACACGGAUCUGAACAAAUUGUGCUCCAAUAAUGUGAUACCAACUGUGUAUCAUACGGAAUAUCAAAAUAUGAAUAAUGAUCCCAAAGUUCAAAACUGCUUGGCUGAAACAGACGAGGAAGAUGAUGAUGUAUUGGCCUAAGAUAGAAGUGGAUCCAACGCACCUUUUGCUAUUUUAUACUCGUUUUUUUUUUUAAAUACCGUCGAAAACAUGACGUGUUAGUUAAUGAAGAUUGUUUUGAUUACAAAUUUAUUUUAUUUUAUUUUUAAAUGUCAAAGACUGAAAGAAACGUUGAUUCUCAUUUUUUUUAUUUCGUAAGCUUAUUACUAUUAUUAUUUUUGCCAAAGAGACUUUUUGUUUAAAAGGAGUAGAAUUAUACCUAAAGUUUAUAACUUAAUUAUAGGAUUAAAUAAAAUAAAAAUUAACAGCUGUAUUUUAAUUUAUUUCUCGAAACAAUUUCCCUCUUAAUUCAAAUAGGAGGCCUUUGCCCAGCUAUCUAUCCAAUUUAAGAGCUGAGCUCUAAUCAGAGGAGGCAGCCCAGCUCAAGCCCAUCUCAAUGCCAGACUAAUUACGUAAGAUUAUAUUUUAUUAAAAAAAAAGAUAGGAAUUUUCAUAAUCAUAAGCAAUUAAGACUUUACUCUUACACAUUAGUAAUGGAGUAUACGUUAUUAUUUAUGGUUCAAGUAACUUUAAUUUUCGGCACUACAGUAUUUAUGUAUUGUGUAUUAACUGAAGUUAUAAGUAGUUAAAGGUGUGAUUAGAUAAAAUUAAUUAUCCCUUACGUCUUUUUACUCGAAAAAACUAUAACAAUAACCUACCUCUAAGGAUUUUUACUGAUUCAACAUAAUGAGCCGAUCACUUUUUAAGUUGUUUUAACACGAUGAAACCAGACUUGUAAAAGUCCUUUCAGUAAUUUAAGAUUACGAACAUAACAUUAUUGAUAUAGUUCCAGAAAAUUUGUCGUUUUCCAAAAUAUAUACGUAAGAGUUAUAAGUAAUUUUGAUUGCUAUAAAUAUUUGAAUCAAAUGGCGGUUAAGAAAUUUUGCUUUACUGUAAAUUGAAGUCAUUUUUACUUAAGCGCCACUAUAUCACAAACCAGCAGUCCAAUUAUUAUAGUUUGUACUUCUGGACAUAGAAAAUGACAAAUUAAUAAAAGUUUACCUUGACGUCAUCGAAAUUCGUGUGCGGGGAAAAAAGUUAUGAAUUAAAAACGAAAAAAAAAAAAUUAAAACGGCUUUUUCUCGAAAUGGCCAUUUGGAGCUUCAGUAAAUUUGCCUUUCCUGCGACGAUUUGUUU